GAAAGUUAACUGGUGGCCGCUGGCAAUUGGCACCUGACAGAAGAUUUCUCCUCCCCCUCCCCGCUCAUCGGCAUCGCUCAUGGCGUCCGCGCCGAGCACCACAGCGACGCCCCCUCCCCGCUCGCCGUUCUCCCCGGUCCGCGGGCCCCGCCUUCCGGCCACGCUCCGCCUCUCGCCCGCUCAACCCGCGCCGGCUGCCUGCCGCGCGGCGCCCGCAGCUACAGGCCGGCUCCCGAGCGCGCGGGCGCGCAUUCGGUGCGGCGCGGCGGUGAAUUUCAUCGGGCAGAACGAGUUCGCGGCGGAGGUGCUGGAGUCGGAGAUGCCCGUGCUCGUCGACUUCAUCGCCAGCUGGUGCGGGCCGUGCCGCCUCAUUGCGCCCGUCGUCGAUUGGGCCUCCGAGGAAUAUGAUGGGAGAUUAAAGAUUGUAAAGAUUGAUCAUGAUGCCAAUCCUCAGUUGAUAGAAGAGUACAAAGUUUAUGGUCUCCCUACUCUGAUUCUCUUCAAGAAUGGGCAGGAGGUGCCAGGUAGCCGAAGAGAAGGUGCAAUAACAAAGGACAAGUUGAAGCAAUACCUGGAACCUCUAUUGGAGACCUCAACUGUGGCUUAAUAUCAUUGACUGUAGUUUGCAGCUCUGAGAUGCCAAUGGCAUUGGCUAUGUUAAAGAACUCUUCCUUCCACGAGCAUCUUGUUUCUACAUUGUAAUUACCUACGGGAUCAUGAUUAACUAUGUAUGAUUGUCAUCAACGAUGCCAAAAUUGGUAUAUAAAAGAAGGGUACGAAUGUACCAACACUGAUUUUAAUAGUAGCUAAGCAAGUUCAGUUUCCGA